AUGACGCGGUGGCUCGAAAUGGCAGGCACGGCUAGCUCAAAGCCGUCUGGAUCGGCGCUUCAAACGGGGCAGCAAAAGACUGUAGCCCCUCGGAAGCACGGCACAGCCAGAACAAUUGCCGUUCGCGGCAAACGCAAGCGAGCUGUAGACUUCUUCAAGGAAGAUUUGCCCGCGGAAACUUUUGAGCAACCCAAGGCAACGGGCGGUACCGAAGUCCUGGAAAAGGCUUACCAAAAGGCACAAGCUAUGGCAAUGGCUGCUGUGCCGAUCCUUCGUACGGACGCUUCCCCUCACGUAGACCCAUCUAGCGACGAUGACGCCAAGAAUGAUUCCGGUCAGCGUCCACAGAGCGGAACAUCGCGUGAGGGCUUGUCGGGACCUGAGAGUACGCAGAAAGACACGGCUGGGGGCAACGGUUCAUCAUCCGAAGUUACAGCUUCAGGCACGGUUGGAGAGCACUUGGGUCCCGUUCAAAGAGAAACAGAAACCGAGGGUGCUCGAGCAGUGGAAGCCGAGGGCUUGAUAUGGCUCGAUGAUGAGCAGCGAACGGCGUACAGCGUGAGGCACGGGUACCGAAUCGAUGUGCAAGGGGCGCAGGACUCAGUGUCAGGACACGAGUAUGGGCGAAUACUAAGUCAAAUGCGAGGAGGCAGCGCGCUGGGCGAAGAUGGAGACAGAAAUGUUGAGGUGGCUGCAGCUGCAUCCAAGCGUCUACGAUAUCGAGGAGCUCGAGAACGAGAUGCUGAGAUGGCAAAGCAAGCCGCCGUGCUCCAAGAUGUGCCCGAAGGAGACGUUUUUUCGGAGUGGGCGAAGGCUGAAGAUGAAAUGACCCAACGCCAGUGGCAGCCACUACGCUCGAUCCAAGAUGCUGAGAGAGCCGAAGAGCAGCCCGAUCGCGUGGUUUUUAUUGAAGAUCUACGGCCGUUUCUCUUCAGGCUAUCCCAUGCUGCCUCGAUAAGCACCCUUGUCGGGUUGCUCUUGUCUGUGGGCGGGCUCGUUCACCCACGUUCCGAUGUUUCACACUCUCCGAAGUUGAUGUCGGAGGCCUGCCGUGCAGGGUCGUUCGGUGAUGGGGGAUUGUCCGGUAGCCUGAUAUCUUCCGUCAACAACGGUUUGCAAGCUGUGUGGAGGGCUUCCGAGGGCGACUUACCCGUGUCGGGAUCAGGCGUCGUCGGGUGCACCGGUCGACCAGGAUCUUGUCUUCCCCCAGCAGUGGUCAGCACGGCGGCCGAUCAGUUCCUGCUACUGACCGACGACGUUGUGGCAGACUGUUCUCGACAGGCGUUUUUGCGAAACGUCUUGCAUCACCUCGUCCGCGCUCCUGCAUCGCUUCCCAGCACUACUUCGGGGUCCAAUAUUUUGGUGCAGCUUCAAUGCACCCUCAUCAUGUUCGAAGGCUACCUUGCUUCGGCAUCGGGUGCUCGGCAUGGUCGAUUCAGUGCAGGGAGUGCUCCGAAGCAAACCCGCCCAACCCAACAGGGAGCAGCGUGGUCUGACGAGGACACGCAUGGACAUGAGGCCCGCAAAGUUGCGAAGUCUCUGCUCGAGGCGAGUCAGGCUAGCGCAACUGAUUUACGGCUAUGGAGCUCGUACGUCCAACUGUUGGCGCUUCUCGGCAGUACACAAGAAGCCAUAAAGGUGGCCGAAAAGGCGCUUUCCAUGGUGCAAGCCCUCCCGGAAGACAAAAAAGGGUUUUCAGCCGAGCUCUUUUGGCUCACUUUCAGGCUUCACGCCGGACUUCCACUCAGCCCGCGUGAUCCCCACCCCGGGGAAGAUGACGAGACCGUUGGCAACCUGUUCGAGACAGGCAACAAAGGCCGUCAUGGUCGAGAAAUGGCGCUAUUGAUGCUGUGCAGUUUCGCGGAGGGAGGGUUUAAGCGCCCGAAGAGCAAGAGCAAACGGUCCAAGCGCGAUGGCAAGGGUUCCAGUGCAGAGUCUAUCUUGAUAACCCCCCCGCGGCUCCUGGCGGCACGAAAGCUGAUGGCUGAUCGAGUUGCUAGGGAAGCGGCACAGGAAGUUCAAAGAGAUGUUGCCGAUGGAGCGUUGGACAUGACGCCCCCAUUCAUGUACCACGCGAUUGCGUGGGUUUGGAUGGAGUUUCUCUCUGUAGGGUUAGACGCAGCAGAGGAUGCUAUGUCAAAGUGCCUGGGGUUGGCACAGCCCAGCACAACGCCGACGGGGUCUGGUGAAGCUAGUGGUGUUGCUGCUGAAAGCAGCAGCAGCAGCAACUUCGGCAUCGGCGGAACCUCCACUGGCAACAAACCGUACAUCUGGAACGUGGUUCCCGAACAUACGGCUCUCGGUGUGUGCCUUGAGCGCAUGCAUAGAGGCUUCAGCGAGCUGAUGACUCUAGCCCAGCGCUACAAUCCGGUGGACGCUGGACCACGACGGGUGCGUGCGGUGCUGCUCCGUGGGCUGGUGUCGUUUCCAGCUGAGCCUGGCAUGCUAUGCUUGCUUUUGGACACUGAGCAGCUUUCGAGCAGUCAGCAACGGCUCGUACACCACCUGUUCGAGGUGUCCCGGCGACGAGCGUUGCUGUGGGAGCAAGGCCCUACCCCGCUGGAGUGGAUUCUAUCAACCACUCACCAGGUGAUGCGCUGCGUGCGUGAGGCGCGUCAAACCAUGAUCGCGGCUGGAGGAACGGUGGAACACGUUGACGCCACAGCACCGGCCUACCGGCGGCACAAUGACGAAGCCCUUCGUGUCAAGAAUUGGCUGCCGGGUUCUUAUAGCAGGCUGAAGCGCUCGAUGGAGUCCGCGAUAACCCACCCCACCGGUCGCGGGAUGCCUGUCCUCUGGAGGAUGUAUAUGUCCAUGGAGGCCAUGCGCGGGAACUUCUUACAGGCGAAGCAAUUGUUUUGGCGCGCGGUUCACGCGUGCCCCGGCAACAAGGCUGUUUGGAUGGACGCUCUUCGCGGGAGCCAACGCGAUCGGGUAGGCGAGGCAGGGCUGAGACCAGCUUUCCGCACGAAGGAGCUCAACGAGGCAAUCGACGCCUUGUUGGAGAAAUCUCUUCACCUCCGAGCUGAGCCUCCAUAA